UACAGAUGUUAGUUAAGUGAUUUUCCUCCUAAUAUUCAGAAUAAUUUUUUGUCUACGGUUCUACUACACAUAGACAUUAAACAAACUAAAAACUACCCGGUAAAUUAAGAGAAAAAUUAUCUUGAUUCGAUAAGUACCGACAUUUAUGAACUAAAUCCCACCAAUUAAAAUUUAUUUAAUUUAGAAUAAGCAGCAAAUGUAGAAGUGUAUAGCAAUCAUAAAAGACGUCGCCGCGCUUUUAUAUUCAAUAAUUUUUUCAGUCACAAAUCAUCAUUUAUAGUGUAAAGGUCGUUUCUAGGACACGGGCGGCAGUGUUUUGUAAAUAAGACAUUAACCUUUAACUCGCCAUAGAUAGUGUUAAUAGUAUUUACGUAAAUCUAAACUUACUUUAUCACCGCCGAUUUCCAGCAUUUUUAAAACCGCCAAAAACUAUAUUAACUACCCGUAGUUAACUGCAUUUAUAAAUAAUAUCUUACUAUGUCUACUGUCAUCCGAAGUCUUCCUUAUUUCACCAAGGGCGUUGUAAUUAAAGGCUUUGGCCGGGGAUCAAAAGAACUAGGAUGUCCCACUGCCAAUUUCCCAGAAGAAAUUGUGAAUAAACUUCCCGAAGACUUAACGCCUGGAGUUUACUAUGGUUUUGCUCAAAUCGACGCAGGUGAGAUCUAUAAAAUGGUUAUGAGCAUCGGGUGGAACCCAUUUUAUAAUAACACGAAGAAAUCUAUGGAAACCCACCUGAUCCACAAGUUCGAGAAAGAUUUUUAUGGACAAGAAUUGCGAGUGGCCAUAUUAGGCUACCUACGGCCGGAGAAAAAUUUUUCUUCAUUGGACGAGCUGGUUAAGGCCAUCGAUGAGGACAUAGAAAAAGCCAAAUUCGAAUUAGACAAACCGGAGCUGCAAACAAUAAAAAAUAAUUCUUUUUUUGCCAGAUAAGGAUUGCACGUGUGAAUUUUGUUAUCUUAACAGUAUUGUUUUACUGGCGGCUUUGUUAAGAUAAUAAACUUAAAUAAACGUACUUAAUAAUA